UCCAGCAGUUUCAUCAGCAACAUGGAACCAGAAAACCAAACACAUAUUUCAGAAUUUAUCCUCCUUGGACUCUCAGAAUCUACAGAGGUGGAGCACCUACUUUUUGUUCUGUUCCUGAUGAUGUAUCUGGUCACCUUCAUUGGGAAUAUGCUUAUCAUCCUGGCCAUCAUCUCUGACUCCCACCUCCACACACCCAUGUACUUCUUGCUCUCUAACCUGUCUUUUGCAGAUAUUGGUUUCACUUCCACCACAGUGCCAAAGAUGCUGUUGAAUAUCCAAACAGAGAGCAAUAUCAUAAGUUAUAAAAAUUGCCUCACCCAGAUGUAUUUUUUCAUGCUUUUUGUAGGAUUAGAAAACUUGCUUCUGACUGCAAUGGCCUAUGACCGCUUUGUGGCCAUCUGUCACCCCCUGCACUACAUGGUCAUCAUGAACCCCAAGCUCUGUGGCCUCCUGCUGCUGGCAUCCUGGUUAUUUAGUGUCCUACACUCUCUCUUACAUGGCUUAAUGGUUUUGCAAUUGUCUUUUUGUACAGACUUGGAAAUCCCUCACUUUUUUUGUGAUCAGACACAGGUAAUCCAGCUUGCUUGUUCUGACACCUUCUUCAAUGACCUACUGAUGUAUAUUGCAACUGGAAUUGUGGGUGUUAUUCCAUUAAUUGGUAUCCUUUACUCUUACUCAAAGAUUGUAUCCUCCAUUUUGAGAAUUUCAUCAGCUGGUGGCAAGUAUAAAGCAUUUUCUACUUGUGGGUCUCACUUCUCAGCAGUGUCCCUCUUUUAUGGUACAGGUCUUGGAGUAUAUCUUAGUUCUGCUGCUAUCCAAAAUUCAAGAUCAAGUGCUAUAGCUUCUGUGAUGUACACAGUGGUCACUCCCAUGUUGAACCCAUUUAUCUAUAGUCUUAGAAACAAGGACAUAAAGCACACCUUAAAAAAAGUUUCCAGAUGUGCAACCCUCUCUCUAUAA